AAAGGGGAUGUGAAUCGGCCGUUAGCUCGUGGCGAAAGGCGUCCGAGUCGCGUGGGGCGGGUGCGUCGAAACUCCGAGACUCGAGAAGAACCCCUAUCGAUCGAUAGCGACGCCUGUGCAGUGAGCGAGCCCGAACCACGAUCGACGACCGUAAAGAGAGCCCGGGGGAAACAAUCGCAUCAUCGUCUUUUCGACGUGGCCUGCGCUCGGUUGUGUGCACGACGACGACGACGACGACGACGACGACGACGACGACGGGGUGUCAGUGACGCUGUCGUUAUUCCUUGCUCCGUGUGCUCCCGUCGAGUGUGACUUUGUGAUUCGUAGCUCUCUCGUCAUUUUGCGCGACGAACGCAGUUCCUCUUCUCGACGACGACGACGCUACGAAGAAGUGCACAGCCCCGCUUCGGAUGUAGCCGUUCGCGAAUAGCGGUAGCGCCAACGCGGAAACACGAUGUCAUGUAGCUGAAGGGAUGCGACAGUAGGUACAGAAAGGUUUAAUUCGAAUGUAAAAACAACGAUCGUUCUGGAUAGCGAGGAAAAUCUUCAGCGACAAUUCGAAGACUGCAGACGUAUAAGCGACGGACAUGAGCGCUCGGAUCGUUUGUUUAGGAUUGUAAAGGCCGCGUCGUGGAAUCAAGUGUGGAUGAUAAUUACCGGGAAGGAGAUAAGUGGCAGCGAGCGACGAACGACGUUGCCACUUGAUCGCUAGAUCCUCCGUCAGCCGUGUCUCCCGAUCCCGUGUGAGUCGCGCAGUGGGAACUCUUUUUUCGACCUGACGCAUCAUCGUCAAUAAUAUACAACGAUAAUGUAGCAGUGCUAAAUCUCGUGAAAACCGCCCACGGAGAGCAGGAAGAUCGUCGGGUGCUCAGAUGUAAUCGACAAGCAACACUCGUGACGUUGGCAACGGGGAACGAGUUCAGAUGUCCAACGUAACGUAGACACUCGUCGCUGCACCAAUUUCUGGAGGAAAUUGGAACGGUCGAAACCAGCGAGUGUGGAAAAUGUCCGAGAGCGAGACGAAGCCGGCUUCGCCGAUACCCACCGUCACGUGCGCACAAUGCUGCGCCAGCGGCGGUCUAGCAACCUCGCAGUGUCCAACCCUUCAGGUCACCUCACGGAUGCUGCGCUCACCGAGUCACGAGAGCGUCACCACCGACCUGUCGCUCUUCAGCGUGUCGUCGAUCGCGAGCGAACUGCGUGGCACGAAUAGACUGGUGACUUUCAAGUCCUACAGCGACGUGCAGCUCGCCGGACGAGGACCCUCCCCGAAGCCCGACUCUUCUCGGCAAAUUCAGGGUAACAGGCCAGCGGAUAUUCCUGAGAUUUUAUGGUUCGAAGAGGAGAACGAGCUGAUCCGCAGCUGCGGCGUCCUGUCGUCGGCAUUGGGAUUGCGUAAGAGCUUCAGCACGAGCGACGUGUCGCAACUUCCUAGCCCGGAUGCAUCCGGACCGGGGGGUGGUCUUCGAACAGCAGUGUCCGCUCUGGCUCUCGAUACCGCCCAACGCAACACUCUGCUGUUGGAGCACGCAAGACUUGAUCACACUUCAAGAUCUUGCAGCACCUGGGUCGCGGUGGGCGAACCCGUGGCCAGCACGUCUCAGCUUCCCAGUCCGCACGGUGGAGCCGCGCAGGAACAGCAACAGCCACAGCCGCAGCAGCAGCAGCAACAUCAGCAGCUGCUGCUGCAACAACAACCACAACAAUCGUCCUCUUCGAGCCCUCAAUCGAUGCCGCAACAACCGCCACCGCAACCCCCAGCACCGCCACCACCACCUGUGCCAUUCACCGGAGCGGACCUUGUCCGGUCUGUCAACAAGAAGGUGCGACAGAAUUAUAUACGACGAAGGUUGCUGACCACGUAUCGCGCUUUAGAGCGCCUCUCGCAGAGCGAAUUCAACCUGGACCAGCUGGAGGCGGCGGCCACCGCGGCGCAGACCUCGCACGGAGCUACUCUGCUUGUUCCUGGAGCGGCCGCAGGAGUGCACAGUGCUUCUUUGAUCGGACGCAAAGAGCGGAAUCACGCGCUGACUGUCCGGGACGUCGAAAGGGAACGUGGGAAUCAGUUGUCCAAAUACGAGAGGAACAUGAUGAUCUUCAACUGGCUUCACACUCUCGACGACAGCGCGGUCGUAGACAGCGUCGAAUAAAGGACAAGGAGAAACAACGUUUUCUCCCGACUCCGACAAUGUGCGCGACCUAUUGUGCCUAAGUCUCUCCCUUUCUCUGCGCAAUACCACUUUAACGAGGACGUUUCAUCGAUAUAUACGGUCUCUACUACCGAUACUACUCUGUUCACAUCUUGGACGAUACCGCUAAGGUUCAAGGCUUCUGGUCCUGACUAUAUUCGAUCGUGGCAUAUAAAGCUACAAAUUAUACAGAUCCUUGUCUCGCGCUGUGCACCGAGAUAAACAAGCCACCUCGCGCGCUAUCAUCAUCCGCACUUGACGGAGCAGGCUUUAAUCUAAUGUUGCAUCUCACAAGAUACGAGGUGCGAUUCGUUCGUACAUGCGAAAAGAGUGGAAGAUCUCCCGCGCGGUCGUUUUAACAUCUGACCUACAUAUUUAUAGAGUUCGCGCUUCCACCGCAGCGUUCCUCGAUGAUAGAUUCUCCGGCCAAUUACGCACCGCCGAGAGAACGUCGAGAGACUCUUCUAAUGCCAUCAUCCCAGCUUUUGGUAAAACUUUAGAAUAGACCUUUUCCGAAUUUUGAUAUUUAUUUGCUACUCUCAUGGUCAAAAUCUUUGUUAUAACUCCGACAGUGAUAAUCAAUCGGGGGAGCCCGAAAAAGAUUACCCACUUAUUUUUUGAACAAUUUUUUUGGUAAAUAUUCAGAAGUAUACUAUUAUAUCAAAAAUCAUGUUUUCUUGUUCAAUAAUUUACAUAACUAGCUGUAAAAAACCAUGUACACAAAGUUUACAUAUAUGUUAAGGGAGGGGGAAGGAGGAUUAAGAUCUUUAUAGGAAAAAAACAUGAAAAUUUUAUUCCAUAUAUUUAAAAUUUUAAAUAUCGAUUUUAUACGAUUAAAUACUGUUCGCAGUUGUUACUCGAAUCUUUCGCCUUACUAAACAGAUGAGCCUACGAUAUAUUAAAAAUGGUUACUGAAAAGAUUAGCAAAACCCUUACGCAAGGUAGGACGUAUCAUAAAUUACAAGCAAAAUAAAACAGAGCAUUAUUCACAAUCAUGCUCUGCUUUAGUCAAAAGCACAAAUUUAUAUUAUAAAGUCUAAAUUAUAGCGGAGAAUAGAUUAUGUCUUUGGUUUAUUAAAGUUCAUUGAGUUUUUUAUACUUUUACUCGAAGGAAAAAAAGCACCAAGUUUAAAUUUGAUGCCUUUUUUCCUUCAGAGUUUUAUAAGAUCCGAAAAAACUUGAAAAAAAUAGGUCGGUAACAUUUUUUCCGGGCUCUCCCCACUGAUUAUCAUUGUCGUAGUCACAACAAAGAUUUUGAUCCAGCAAGUAGCAAAAAUAUAUCAAAAUUCGGAAAAGGCCUUAUUCUAAAGUUUUACCCAGCCUUUGAUCGCGCUGAAAAACCAGGAGCCGUAGGCUAAAGUAACUCUCACGAGAUAUCCGUCCCUUCUCGUUCAGCGAUAUCGCAGCUGGUGUCGCCUUGUAAUGAGCGUCCAAAACGUCUCGUGUCCAAAACGAAAGCCCGUUUUGUCGACUACGCACGUGGCCGGAGAUAGACGUGUACGCUUCGAGAUACAGAUCUUUAGAAGCAAACCGAAGAGGAUCCAAGGACUCGCGCGAGCCAGGAUCAUUCCCGACGCGAUGAUACAUCUGCAUGUGUAUUAUACUUCUUGAGCGCUAGCGACGACUUGAUUCAUAGGGACCUUUUCUUUCAUAUUAACAAUCGAAUUGGCUAGGCUGAGAAAAGGAUGUUUGGAAAUGUUUCUGCGCGCGGUGCCGCUGCGUUAUGAUCUUUUCGUGGAGAAUUUCGUAUAAGUAGAACUCUCUCUCUCUCUCUCUCUCUCUCUCUCUCUACCCCUCCUCCCACCUUACUCUUUCUUCCUCUCUCUUCUAGAGUUCAAUAUUCGUAAGUUUGGUUGCCAAGAGGUUUCGGAUAGUGUAAAUCUAGGCGCUAAUGUUAAUUCUUAAUAACUGAACAGACUCAGUAUGUAGCACUAUAAGGAAGCUCAUACUGAAAAAGGAGGGCGACAUAUAAGCUAAAAGAGCAUAUAUAUCUUACGCAUUAAGUACUCGGACACAUAUCGAUGAAGAAUCUUUAUUCGAUAUCGAAACGGAGAUUGACGGGUCGAGAGAUAGGGAGUGUUGUUGUUUUCUACACCAACCAAAUUUUAAUAAUAAUUGUAGACCAAAAGUGCGAGUGACGACGAAGCGAGAGAGGAAAAUGGCCGGAAAUGUUUUUAUUUUUAUAUUCUUGUAUUUUUUUCUUCGUAACAUGCAAACGUUGUAACUGUUGUAUCUAUUCGCAAUGCAGACGAGUCAACCGUCUCUUUAUAUUGUUCGCACACGGUACUUUUCCGUUCAUUUGUAACUACUUAAUGUGCUUGCAUUUUAUGCACGCACUUUCUGUCUACAAUUAGCGUUAACAAUACAUAAGUCUUGUGGAAAAAUCAGUGAUGCGAGACAUUUAAAGAGCUCUACUUGUGAAAUAUAAAUAGAACAAUGAUAUGUGUGUUGAUGCGCGAAUCAACAUUCCAUAUGGAAAAAAAAAAAAAAGAUAAAACUAGUCAUCGGAAAUUUCGUUUAUUCUGGACGAUAUAUAUAGGAAAUUUUAUGAUGUCGGAAUAAAACGUUGUUUGGAAUGCAUACGUAAAGAUAUUUAAUUCCGCGAUGUAUGUUCCUUAAAAGAAGCCUUAAUUGUCCAAUAUAAACAGCAAAUCCAGAGAAUUACUUUUUUAUAUUUUCUGCAUGAGGAUUAUUGGCGACAGAUGUGGACAUCGAUAUUAUACGCGCCGCAACCACCUGAGAUACCCGAUUGUCAUUGAGAUAUAAAAUGAAUGUGUGAUCACAAUUAAUGCGCUUUCAUGUAUAUUGACUGUUCCUUCCAAAUGUAAUAUUCGCCGACAUGGUGAUACAUUGACUAUCUGAUAGAUUACCAAACAAAUAAAAGGUUUAUUAAAUA